AUGUCUGAACCAGCCGUCCUCGUUGAGUACAAGGGCAAAGUAGCCAUCAUCACGCUCAAUGUCCCCAAGAAGCUCAACGCCCUCAGUGGCGACCACUACUACCAGCUGGCGCGGGCCAUGCACGAGGUCGCCGCGCACAACGAAGUAUUCAUCACCGUCCUGACAGGCAAGGGGCGCUUCUUCUCCGCCGGCGCAGACGUAAGUUUCGGCGCAGCCACCAAGUCCAGCACCGAUGUCGACGAGCGCCAAAUGUGGCUGAAGAGCUUCGUAGCCAACAACGUGCACAUCACGCACGCCUUCUACACACACCCCAAGAUCCUUGUUACCGCGCUCAACGGCCCCGCUGUCGGACUCUCCGCUGCGCUCAUCGCACACUCGGAUUUCAUCUACGCCGCGCCGCACGCCUUCGUCCUCACGCCCUUCAGCAGUCUCGGGCUAGUAUCCGAAGGUAACGCGUCCUUUGCCUUCGUCAAGCGCCUCGGAAUCAGCAAAGCCAACGAGGCGCUCAUCAUGAGCAAGCGCAUCAGCUGCGACGAGCUGGUGCAGACCGGGUUCGUGAACAAGGUCUUCGACGUCGGAUCAAAGGACAGCCCCAAGUUCCUGGAGGAGGUGCUGAAGGAGGUCGAUGACCGGCUGGGCGACCAUCUCAACGGCGAGAGCCUGCUCAAGAUCAAGGCGCUGAUUCGUAAGCCGGAUAUGGAUGCGCUUGAUCGCCAGGGCGUCGAGGAGGUGUUUGGCGGGCUGUCGCGGUUCUUGAAGGGCGUGCCGCAGGAGGAGUUUAGGAAGGUUGCGAGCGGCGAGAAGAAACAUAAGCUGUAG